CUAUCACGCGGUCACACUGGUCACAUUCAGCUUUGUUAAAUUUUAUUUCUUUUAGCAUAAAAACGUGAAAAAUAGUAUAAUGGGAAAACGGAGGACGCAAUCCCAGAUCGACUCGAACUCGAGCGACAGUGAUAGCGAAUCGGACACCAAACUGGAGUCGGACCUCCUGUCGGUGGCCAAGAAGCGCAAGAAGCCGCAAAAUGCCAGCAAGGCGAGCUCCCUAUCCGACUCGGACUCGGAUUGGGCGAACAACAAAUCUGGAGCGCCUGCCACAAAGAAGAAGAAGCGUCCGAAGAAGGCCAGCAGGGACUCAAGUUCGUCAGAGUCCAACUGGGACGAUGAGAGCCAGGAUGAAGUGCAGCCCCCGCCUGUGGAGAAGAAGCCCGAGGAGGCUCCGAAGCCCGGCAACGUCAGCGAGCACGAGGAGGGCGAAGUCUCCGACAGCGACUCGGACGACUCGAAAUCAAACUCCUCAUCUGGCUCCGAUUCAUCCGGCUCGUCCUCGUCCAGCUCCGACGCAGAGUUCGAUGAUGGCUUCGACGACGACAUGAUGGGCGAUGAGGAGGAUCGCAAGCGUCUCAAUGAUCUGUCGGAAAAGGAGCGCGAGACGGAGAUCUUUAAGCGCAUCGAACAGCGGGAAAUCAGGCGAACGCGCUGGGAGAUCGAGAGGAAGCUGAAGCUUGCCCGGCGGGGCGAAAGAAACGAAAAGUCAAGGUCAAAGGGGGAGCGGGCCAAAAAGAAGAAGGAGAAGAAGGCCAAAAAAUCAAGGAUACCUCCGUCUAUGCCACCGCCAUCAAACUCCGUACUAUCCGAGCUGGAGCCCAAACCGAUCAGCGAUGUGGGCAGCAAAAGUCCCCUGCCUCUGUCCGCCAGUCGGGAUGUGGCCUCAACUUCGGCGGCCGUGGCCAGCAUUCUCAAUGACCGAGGAUCAGACGAUCAGUCUGCCUCCGGCAUGGGCGACUAUUUUGAUCACAAAGAACGCUCCAAGGAGCGAAAGAAGAAUGUGGAGGCCAACAAAACCGAUGACAAGCGAAGCAAUGCCAUGGCCCUGCUGAAGGCCAAGCGAGAGGGCAAGGCCAAGAGAGAGGAAGAGGAAGCUAAGAGGCAAGCCGAACGCGAUCGAGACGACAAGGAGGAACUUGAGAGCGUCUCUGGCUGCAAGUCGGCCGUGAAGCUGAAAGCAUCGGAGAUAUACUCGGACGACUCGGGCAGCAGCGACUGGGACGAGGAUGAGAAGCCAACGGGCAAGCGCUCACGUUCGAUUAGCAGCAAGGCUUCCAGCGAGUCCGAGGAUGAUGACAAGACUACCAAGAGUCCUACGUUCAUAUCGAACCGCGAGGAUCUGAACAAGCUGCGGCUGUCGCGCCACAAGAUGGAGCGCUUCGUCAAUUUGCCCAUCUUCGAGAGCACCGUUCUGAACUGCUUUGUGAGAAUAAGCAUUGGCAACAAUGGCCAGAAGCCGGUCUAUCUAGUCGCUGAGAUCACCGGCGUGGUGGAGACGGGCAAGAUAUAUAGCCUGGGAACCACGAGAACCAAUCGGGGACUUCGCCUCAAGCACGGCACUCAGGAGCGAGUCUUUCGGCUGGAGUUCAUCUCCAAUCAGGAGUUCACCGAGAACGAGUUCAAAAAGUGGAAGGACAGCUGCCAAGAGCAGCACGUCCAGAUGCCCUCCAUGGAACUCAUCGACAUAAAGGCGAACGAUAUUAAGAAGGCCCUGAACUACGAGUUCAAGGACGAGGAUGUGGACAAGAUUGUGGAGGAAAAGAAUCGCUUCCGCAACCGUCCCACCAACUAUGCCAUGAAGAAGACCUGCCUGAUGAAGGAGCGCGAUGCAGCCAUGCUGCGCGGUGACUACGACAUUGCCCAGGAUCUGAGCCAGCAGAUCGAUGAGCUGGAGAACAGAGCCUCGGAGCUGGACAAGCGAAGAUCGCACACACUGAAUCUGAUUUCGUACAUCAAUGAUCGCAACCGCAAGAAGAACGUUCAAGAUGCCGAGAAGGCGAUCAUGGAGGAGGCCCGGGCCAACAAGGGCCAGAAGAUAUGUGAUCCAUUCACACGACGCAUCACACAGCCGCGCAUGGGUUUCAAAGGCACCAAGAAGGACGAGGACGAUAUACAGCUCGCACCCCUGCCCCCGCCGCCGCCAGGCAAGAAACGGCCAAAUGAGGCCGGCUCCUCAAACUCCAACGCGAAGCCCACAGACGCCAAGGACUUUAGCCUGUACUCGCUGCAUGACUUUGACAUAGACCUGGAUGUGCCUCUGCCGGUUAACAGCACAAAUUCGGUGCCAAAGCCAGCGAAUAAACCAGCCGAAACCGUCUCCAAGCGGUCGCUUAAUCUGGAGGACUACAAGAAGAAGCGCGGCCUCAUCUAGGGCGUGCGACUCAGCCCACAUAUUGACAAAGCUCUUGCGUUAAUGCGUCCUAGUUAGUGUAGUUAAACAGUUAAAACGAAGCAAAACAAAAGUUAAUUAACGAACUCCAAAUCGUUGCAGUUUCUGUGUUGCAUUAGAGAACGGACAGGACACACACUGUUGCUGGGAAGAGGAUGAUUAGGGAUAUUUCAACUGUUAUCAUUUGUCCAACUAUUGCUAUUCUUCUCUCUUUUGUGUUUAUCUGUGUUAAUGCACUCUUCUAUUUAGAAUUCGAUGCUUAGAAAAAAUGUACAAUACAAAAACAAAAACCACCCCACAAAAACGAUUACGAAUUCGCAUCGUAUGCCCAACAACUGCAGUCCCAAUUUUCCUAGUACUUAAGUGGAAAGAAAUUGUAUUAUAUAGCUGCCACCGUAUUCGACCCAAUCAUCCUCCAUGCAAUGUUUAAUAAAUUUAUACGAUACUGAUCAUAA